CGCACGGAAGGCUCGGCAUUUCCGGGAGCGCCGCGUGGGUCGGCCUGCGCAACUCCGGCAUGGCGGACUUCUCCAGACCCGCGGGCCCCAUUCUGUCUCUCAACCCGGAGAAAGACGCACAGUUUCGGAAGGAGGUGGAGCAAGUCCGCAAGCGCGUCACCCAGAAAAAAAAGCAAGAAACCCUUACUCCUGGAGUAAUCUAUGUGGGCCACCUACCUCCAACACUUUAUGAAACCCAGAUUCAAGAGUAUUUCUCCCAGUUUGGCACUGUUACAAGAUUCCGACUGUCCAGAAGCAAAAGGACUGGAAAUAGCAGAGGCUAUGCCUUUGUGGAGUUUGAGUCUGAGGAUGUUGCCAAGAUAGUUGCUGAUACAAUGAACAACUACCUUUUUGGUGAAAGGCUCUUGGUGUGUCAUUUUAUGCCACCUGAAAAAGUACAUGAGGAACUUUUUAAAGCAUGGAAUGUUCCAUUUCAUCAGCCAUCACAUCCAGCAGUGAAACGGUAUAAUCGGAAUCGGACACUUCUACAAAAGCUACGGAUGGAGGAGCGAUUUAAAAAGAAAGAAAAACUACUCAGAAAGAAAUUAGCUAAAAAAGGAAUUGAUUAUGAUUUUCCCUCAUUGAUUUUACAGAAAGGGAAAAAUGUUGGAAGCACUGAUCUUCAGAACUCUACAAAUGGCCAGGUGGUAAAUGUACCUUCAAAGAAGAAGAAAACUGGCAUACCCAAGAAGAAGAAAAAAAAGACUUCAGGUAUUGCUAACACUCCUGAGAAGUCUGUGGAUAGCCAGGGCCCCACACCAGUUUGUACACCAUCAUAUUUGGAGAGACGAAAAUCUGAAGCAGCUGAAAUGAAAGAUGACGAGAAAGAUAAUGAAAUAGUUUUCAGACAGCCUGUAUCUGAUGUAAAAGAAGAAACACAAGAGACUCAAACAACUGCACGUUCAGGGAAGAAAAGACGAAGAAAAAGCAAUCUAUGAUCCUGAGUGUAUUUUGUAUAAUAUAUCUUCUGGAAAAUGUGAUGAUUUUA